AUGAAGCCAAGAGGAGGAUCCUCGAUGCAGGGUCCACCCAGCGCGCGCCGACGUGUUGGUCUGAGCUGCAGCAGAGCAGAAGACUCGCAGAGAUCCGCCGCACCGAAUUUCCUCCACACUCGAUUUGCUGGUGCAGCAGCUGCUGCUGCGCUGGGAUCGCCCCUGUUUCCGGCCUCAUUCAUAUCGCUCGCUUCCGACUGCGCGAGACUCGAGAUGAACCGCACCGCCGCUCACGGACGGAGCGAGAGGCAGCUCAAGCGUCGCUCGCUCGGCGGCAAGCGAGCCCGUUCGUCGAUCUCGAGCGCGUCGAGCGCGGCUGUCCCCUCCGAGCCGUCGCCGAACGGCCGCACACCCACGGUUCCAACCAUACACCCGCAGCAAACAUCCUCGAAGCGGACGCAAAAGGCUUCGAGCGACGGCGAGACCGCUCCGGUUCGGUCAGACUCAAUCGGAGACGAGGAAGGUUCGGAUCUGGAUCUGGCCGAGUUGCGCAGCGACGACGCGUUCCUCUACGAGCGGAGUGCGCCCGUCGAUGUCGCGCUUGGACUCGACUCAUCGCCUCCUCAACCGUCCCUGCUUGAGCGUAUCGAAGUCCAUGUCGCAGAGCACUACCUCGACUGUUUUGGCAUCACACACCGAGACGAGCUGGUGCGACACCACAACCGCCUCAUCCCGUUCUUCGCCAAGGCGCCGCGCUUUGUGUCGAUCCACUCGCUCAAACAGAAGGAGCUCGAGCGCGACUACACAGAGCGAAAGGGCAUCUCCGUCGAGAUGAGUUCUCCCGCCGCCUCGGACUGCAGCCUGGAGAGCGGCGAGUGGGAUGGGCAGGAACAGUGCUUCUACUUUGACCGCCACCCGACUGCAUACGAAUCGUUCGACCCAGAGCAGUCGUUCGAAGGAUACAUGCAUGUCUUUAGCAGGCCGCCCACGGACGAUGCUGCGGGUAGCAUCCUCGGCACACAUGCGCCCGGCAAUUGCGACGACACUCCUGCCGAAGAACACAGAAGGCAUGUGCGAGCCGAGAGGCUCUGCUUCAACUGCGGAGAACCCGGGCACGCCGUACCGCAGUGUCCGCUCCCACGCGACCGCGAGCGCAUCCGGCAGAGCCGACUCGAGUUCGAGCAGAACAAGACGCUUCGAAGCGGCGACUCGGAAAUCAACGCGUAUGCCAGACUGCACGAGCAGGUGGCAUCGGCACAGCAGCGUUUGCAAUGGCUCGACGAGUUCGUCCCGGGGCAGCCGAGCACAGAGCUCAUCCGAGCACUCACAUGGGAUGCUGCCAGCGCAACCGACGACAGAGACGACCGCGAGGCAGAGCUACACGCUCCGACACUGGACCUGCCUCACCUGCGAAACAUGCUCGUUUGGGGCUAUCCUCCCGGCUGGAUCGCACCGUACGAUCCCAUCAAACUAGUAAGGCACCGCAUCCAGCACGACACCGAUUGGAACGACGUCGAGAUGCUCCGUGGCUUCGAUGUGACGAGCCUCAAGGCAGACACGACCGUCGCCGCGACUGCAGAUCGUAGUCCUGAAGGCGCAAGUGCCGAGGGCACAGAACAUCGCUGGGUCGACUUCCACACGCAAUUGUUCGACAGCAAUCGGCUGCAGAAGUUCGACACUAUCCACCGGCGGCCGCUACCACGACUGGAGCGCGAUGGCGAGCCAGAUCCGUCGCUUAAUCGUGAUCGAGCCGAAGACAAAGACGACUGGGAAAGAGCAAGCAAGAGGAUCAGACUCGGCAGGGCGGAGCGAACGAUGCAAGACAGAAAGGCGCUGUGGCAGAGUCUGCUGUCCGGACGAUUUCCCUCUCCACCGAGCUUGCCGCCCGAAGAGCCGCCGCCUCCUCCACCACCAACGUCUCCACCGCCACCGCCACCACCGCCGCCACCACCGCACAUUGAUUGA